AUGAAUCUUCUUCGCGAGUUGGUCACCGACUUGGAUGCGAAAGUGCCCUUGUCCUCUCUACAUCAGACUCUUAAAGGUCCGAGCACAGAGACGCAAGACGAUGCCAACGCGGUAGAAAAGGAAGAGGCGCAAGAAAACGGACAAGCGGAUGGAUCCAAGGAGACAAAGGGAAACGGCAAAGCAGGAACAGACUCGGGGGAGGAGGCGGCCCAGCCGAUCCAGGGGAACGAGGACGAGGGCACCGCCGUCCGCGAACCGCAUUGCAAGCGCGGGCUCGAAUGCAGACCAUACGGCCAAGGGGAGAGGGCGGCGGCCGGCGAAGAGUUGACAGUCGUCGUCGAAAAGGCGUCGGCCAAGCACUUUGAGACACUCGCCUCCCAGCACAAGCUCACAUCCGUCGUCGAGUCCACCUUUCAGAAAUCAAUACCCGAAUUUCGCAAGGAUACCUUGGGCUAUCAUAACGGCCAUCCGGCCUUUGCCGAAGAGCCGUCGCUGUUGAAUGGAAAGGUGCUGGCAUCGGCCGGCAAGUCGCUCGCCAUGAUCGGCGCCGGCGCCUACGCCUACUCCGUCAUGGAGGUCAUGGUCAAGAAUGCGAGCACCAUAGACCGCGUCGCAGCCCUGACGUCUAUUGUGCCGCUCGUUGGCUGCGGAGCUUCCCUUGUCGAGCACGUUGCCGAGGGCGGCACUGGCCAAGGGGAGAUUCCCGAAUAUCUCGACAAUGCCUUGUGCGCCAUAGGCGAUACCCUGCUCUUCACACCCCUGGCCCCCAUCGGCGUCGCCAUCCAGGUAUCCCGCUUUCUCCUCACCCUCACCAAGGCGUUGGACGGAUACAUGUCGGAACCGAGCCAGGCCAAGGCGGCGCGCGACGGCGCUUGGCAGACCUUUCUUCAGGAUCACAUGUACCGCAGGCUCUCCUCGGUCGAACUCGGUACGAAAGUAUACAACGUCCUUGCCGUCGAGUCCCUGGUCUUGCUGUCUGAGGGCGCCCACACGAUGGGAAUCCUCGAGGCGGGCCGGCAGGGAGCCCUCGACCGGACGGGGAAUUUCACCGAGAAGGAACUGCUCUCUACCUUUUUCCGCAACGCCAAGGGCGAGGUCGAGAAGGGCAUCUCGGACGAAAUGGCCGAAGCCCAGCGUCGGGUCCUGCUCAAGCUCGUCCAAGACGCGCUCGAUAAGCAUGAGGCGGCCUCGCUCCGCGCGCUGGCCUCCCAGUACAAUCGGGCCUUUCUCCGCGACAAGUUGGCUUCCUCGAGCGAGCGAAUCAAAAGGUUUAUACGCAACGAUCGCUUGCCCAUGCCCAACCCCCUCGUCAUCGCCUACCUCAUCGGCCAGUCGACGGGAAAGACGGCAAAACUGCCACCGCUAUCGCCGGCAUCGCCGUCUGAUGCCGACGAGGCGUUGACACCACCGAGGGCGGAGGAGAGCAGCACGGUCGGGCACCUGCAUCCGCUUACGUUACACCUCGCCGACUAUUUGCAGCGAAAGCAGCCUAGCCUGAGCAAGGAGGCUGCCGACGACAUCAUCAGGCGGCAAGCCCAUGCCGUCAUGGACUUUCUCCAGGGGAAAGGGGACAUGGAGGAUGUGGCCAAGGCGUCUCCGGAGCUCAGCUUGUCGGUCGUGCACGAGUUUUCCAUUUUGGUUUCCAUGAAGCUGGGACGGCUCUUUCAGUAUUGGAAACCGUCGAGCACGGGCGACUUUGCAUACUUUCCGAACUCUGCUAGGGAAGGGCCGGGCAUAGUCGAGUCGGCUCUGGGCGCUGCCAGGGGACUGGUUUCGGACUUUACCAAAGCCUAUUGUGGAACACCUAUAUUGAAGGACUUGAUGCUAGGAUGCGACUAUUUUGGCUAG